GAAGCUUUGCUAAGAGGAAGUGUUGUGAUCACCCAGCCAACUUCUGGUCAAAAUCAGACUGAGGUUGCUAUUGUAGAGAUAACAGACGGACACUUGAGGGCAUUAGCGGAUCAAACCAUCGUGCAUGCAUACGCACAAAAUCAACAAUGGCCAGUGGAGAACAUGUAGUUGAAAAUCUGUUUGGAUUUGCUGAGCUCACAGGGGAAGCAUCUUCAACUUCCUUUGAUAGAAAGUCUGAUGAUUCUCAGAAGUUUCAUUUUGAAAAGGAAAAGAUAAAGAGGGAUACAGAUGAAGUGGUAGUUCCUAUAUUGUUUGAAAAAUCAGGUGUGAAAAAGUAUAAAGUUUUGGCACGUCAUCAAGUUGAAGAUGAUGAAGAUAUCAAAAGACCAGAUAGUUCAGAAAGAGAGUCUCCAAAUAGUGAGGAACAGAGAAAAGAAAACAUUAACAUUGAUCAAAAAACUGAAAAAAUUCAGAAAUAUAAAACAGAAACUGUUGGGCUUGUUAAGAAGUCAAAAGUUAGAAGAGUAGAGAAAAAGAAAGAGUCCUUGAUCAAAGAUAAAAAAGGGAGCUUAAAUUUAAGUAAUUUAAAGGGUAAAUUAAGUAAAGUACAUCGUUUGAAAUUCGAAGGAAAGAAAAAUAAGAAUGAUAUACAAAAAGCUGAAAAAUCUUGUGCUAAAGACCAAAGGGCAAUAAAUUAUGAAUUUCGUGAUGAUUCUGAUUCUAAUUCUGAGCUUCAAAUAAAUAGUACAGACAGAGGUGUGAAAAAUGAAAACUAUGAUAAUAGUAUUGCAAGGAAAAAAGAAAAUGUUUGUAAAAACAUAAAUUCAGAGAAACAAGAAGUAGUUCAGAAUCCAUUUAAGGUAAAAUGUCAUGUUAAGUUAAGGAGAGAUCCUUCAAUUGAAAACUUUUAUAAAGCAAAGUCUGAUGAAGUCCAUAAAGAUUCAAUUGAACCUGAACUUUCUGAUAGUGUUUUUAGAGCUGAAGAAGAAAAUGAAGUCAAAGGUGAAUGCACUAGCAGAUCCCCAUCAGUUGAAAUGAAAUCAAUAUUAAGACAAAGCAGUUCAGACGAUAGUUUAUUGAAAGCAGAUGAUAUGGUUUAUAAUGUUGAUAUACAAGUACGAAAAAGUGGACGCCUUCAAUCUGCAAAAUGUGCUUCUCGUUAUCGGGGAGAUUAUGGCAUAAGAGUAGAUACUUACAAACAGUUGGUAAAUAAAACAGCAAGUAAUUCUAUUGAAACUGCUGAAAAACAAGGAAGCGAAUUUGACCUAUAUGCACCAGUUACAGAUGACAUUAUUGAAAAUGAUUUUGCAAUCCAAAACAAAGAUUUACUUAAUGAAAAAGCUACGGAGGCACAAAUUAGAAUUGAUAUGGAGACAGUCAACCCAGAAGAGUUAAAAAAUAAAAUUGGUUUGCCUUGUUUCGAUCGAUCUAAAAGUAAUGAGGAAGCAGCUAAGGUGCAAGUUGAUAAGAUGAACAUAGAAACUGAUAAUCUUGAAAAGUCAUCAGAUCAGUUCACUGUCAUAAAAUCUAUAAGAGAUGAUAAUUUGAUUUUUGAUAAAAAUGGACGUAUGCUUACAGAAGGUGAUAUAGGUAGUUUAAGUAUAAAAGAUUUUGAUAAGGACUAUGGGAUAUGUUUAGAAGAAACUGGAUUGAACCAAGAGCCUCACACAAUUCAGUUAAAAUUAAGCACAAGUGACAGUAAUAAUACUGUAGAAAAAGAUGUUUCUGAAAAUAAUUCUAGUGAUUUAUUGAAUGAGUCAUGCCAAAUACAUGCAGAUAGACAAGUUAGAUCACAAAACAGUGCCUCACAUAUGAAAGCAAAUGAAGAUGUUACUAAUCUGUGUAGUUAUGAAGUAAAUGAAGUAAGGAAUAGAAAUUUUGCUCAAAUUGAUAGUAAGGUAGUAGAGACAGAGUGUUCCGAAGUAGCUUUUCAAGUGCCUUGUUCAGACAUGGUGGAAGGAAAUAAACCAUGUACUUGUGAUAAAAGACUUGACAAUAAUUCAUCUCAGAGUAUUGAAAAUGUAAAAAAUGGGGUAUGUGUGAAUGAUUUUGCAUCUAAAACAAAAAAUGAAGUAACUAGUCAAAAGAAAGGGAGUAAAAAUCUGCCUGAAUCUCAAAGGGCAUUUGGAAAAAUGGACGACUCUACAGAUACUUUACAAACUAAAUCAAAGUAUAGUGAUAAAGAAUCAUCACACUAUGUGCAUUCUGUGGGAAAGUCUGUGAAUAAAAUGCAGAAUAGAAUUAAAGGGAAGAAAAGGGUUGUUGAUUUGAGUUCAGAAUUGACAGAAAAUGACAAAUCGCCUGAGUGCUCCCCAGUUAAAGACCCUACAAAGAUUCUAGAAAGUUUGAGACAAAGACUUUUUGAAAGUGCUGGAGCCAAUUUAGUUGCAGCAGAUAAAGCAACCAAACAAUUUGAAAGCAAAUUGAUCUCAUCUAAGCAAAGGCAAAGUAUGAUGCAUAUUAAUUCCAAAGAAACAGUUGAUCUUGAUAAGGAUAAACACAUUAGAGAAAAUGAUUCUUCUACAAAAUCAGGAAAAUCUACACCAAAAUGUUCGACACCUAGACAAGAAGUUGAAAAAGAAAUUCUUGAAGAAGUAGCUAAAUCUCUUAAUGUAUUGCAUCAGGCAAAAAGAAAGUCUGAAAAUUUCAGUCAAGUUGGGCCUUUCAAAAGACAAAAAUUUGAGGAUAAAAAAUUCCUGCUGAGAUCCAUGAUUAGAAAAUCUGAUGUUGAUCCAAGUACAGCAUCACAUUUUCAACAAGAUGUUUUGGCAGCAGAUGAUAAUUGCAAUGAAAGACAUUUUUAUGCACAAAGAAUGGCUAAAAGUACUUGUGAAACUAAAAGUUGCCCUACAGAAAUGCUUCAACAAAAUAAUAAAUCAAAUGAUAUGAACAUGGAGAAAAGAGACAUUGAGCAAGAUAAAGUUAAUCCAAAACUUAAACCAAUUAAGUGCUCAGCUUGUAGUCAUAUAUUUAAAACCAAAGAUCUUUUGAGAAAGCAUUUUCCCUGUAGAAUAAGGCAAACAAGGACAUGGUCACAGAAUAAGUUAAGGCCCAACCGUGCUGUGAAAAGAAUUGAAAAUGGGUCUAAAAAAUUUGUAUGCAAAUUACCUAAAACAAGUAAACCAGAACCUAGCAAAUCAAGACCUCAACUUCUUACUUACAGAAAAACAAAAUUCAGGAGAGUUAAAGGGAAGCGCCGUAGAAAGUUAUAUCAACUUAUUCAAGAACUCAGACAAAAGAGAAACCCUGUUAAAUGGCGCCAUCUGAGCAUACUGUAUGAUGAUCUUUCAUUUAAAGAACAAUGUUUAUACAAGCUUGGUUUGAUCUGUAUUGGUAGUGCAGCCGAGGGCCUUGAAAGAUAUACUGCUGAAGACAUUACCGUAUUUGAACAGCACAGGGCAAAGGAAAAAUGCCUCACAGAAGAUGCACGAAAUUUUGUACAUUCCAUUCCUGACAUUUCAAAACCAUUAUCUGAUUUAAAUGUAAGUACUGAGCUUAGUACUGAUAACCAAGAAUCAGACUUUUUUUCACCAAAACAUGUGAUAAAUUUUCCUCAGGAAAGCCUCCAAGAGGCAAACUGUGAUAAUGACAUAGUAACGCAAGAAGAAAAAUGUGGUGCUACAAACCAAUUUUCUGUUGAUAAAACUAAUGAGAAUGGUUUAAAGGAAAUUUCUCAAUUAGAAACAAAAGACAGGAACAAACCAAAUAUAGAUCUCAGUCAUGUAUUAUACCCAGGUAUUGAAGUAAGUGAAGAAGAAACCAAUAUUGAAAAAAUUGUAGAACUUAAAGAUCUUGAAACAUUCAAUGCGAAUAUAAGUUUGCAAGAAUGCAUUGAAGUAGUUCCUAACUCAGAAAUUGAUGUGGCUUGUGAAAAUAAUGUUAAAUUGACAUGUGUUGAAGAAAUUACAACUCUAAAAGAUGCUCAGUUAGAAACAUUUACAGAAGUUGCUGAAAGCUAUCAUUGUUUUGAUGUUGCACAAGAGCUGUCACCAGAAACUAAAGAAGUGGUUUCAAUUAAAAGCUGUACAGUUAAAAAUCCUCUGAAGAAAGCAGAUGUUUCUGAAAUAAUUAUUAAAGAUCUUGUAGAUAUAAAUAAAUCCAAAAUUGUUGAACCUAUGGAUAAAUCAUGUGAUAAUAAAAACAUAGUAUGUCAACAAAAUUCAUUGAAAGAAACCUCCAAAAGUGAAUCUAUGUUGAUGAAUGAAAUUAUAAAUACUAACAUAUUAUUGACUCAUUCUGACAUGUAUAUUGAGAAUGCACCAAUUGUGAAAGCACAUUCUGAUAGUAAAGAUGAAAACAUUGAAUAUGGAAUUUUGACAUCAGAGGAACCAGCACAUAUAGAGUCACCUUCAAAGAAUGUUGAAACAUAUAAACUUACGAAAAAAGUAUCAGCAAAAUUCAAAUGCCCUGCUGUACCAGAUAUUGAAUUGUAUCACCAGACAGCAGUAAUAGAUGAUAAGCUUCUUGCUGCAACACAACAUACUUCACAAAAGGAAAUAUUGAACAAUGAAAUUUCAGAAUGUCCUGGUACAUUAUCACAAUAUAAAACAGACUUAAUUUCUAAUGUUUUACUUCAAGCAAAUGGAAAUUUUAAUGGCAUUUUGAAAAAUGUUGAAGACGGUGACGAUGGAAUCACUGAUAUUAGUUUAUCAAAAGUUGAAAAGACAGAUGAUAUUGAUGGUAAGGAUGAAAAUAUGAAAACUCUUUCACCAGUUAAGGGAAUUUUAAAGAAAACAUGCCCAAAGAAAGAGAAUGCUGUGUUAGCAGUUCUUGAACAAGAUGAUGGAUUGUCUGGUGAUGAGCACACUGAAAAGUCCCCAAAAAAGAAGAAAAUUGAUUUCAAAACAUAUGCAAAGAGGAAGGGAUUGAUUAAAGAUGAUGAUGUGAAGGCCAAUAAAAGUAAACAAGUGGAAUUACACAAUAAUGAAAAUGUCAUAAACAACAGGAAAGAUAUCGAUGAUAGUGAUAAAGAAUGUAUGAGGUCAGAGCCAAGCCAAGAGAUCGAAGAUGGUUUAUUAGGUCGAUUACUAGAUGCUGUAAAUCUCAUAGACAGUAUAAUAGAGGAGCACAAAGAACAAACAGAUUUAGAAGAAAAGGCAGAUUCAUACAGCGCCAUUACUCCAGAGAUGGCAUUUAAAGCCUUAGUUGCAAAUAAUACAGCAGAAGACAAUGAAUGGGAAAAUUCAGUUAACAAACCAUAUGAUAUUGAAAGAAUAUACCCAUAUUCUGGAAUUGAUGAGAGAAGCUUAGAUGAAGAAAAGAUGCAUUCAACCUAUCUGUCAGGAAUCAGUGAUGGUGACUUUUAUGAACAUACGAGUCUUGACAAAUGUCCAACUGACUUAUUGAGGAAGAAUAUUUCUAAAUGUACUGAAAGUAAUCAAGAUGAAGUCUUACCUUGUGCAUAUUCUGCCAUUACUGAAAAUCUUGAGAAUGUCAGUCUAAUAAGCAUACUGAAUAAUGAUGAGAUGAAAAGUGACACUGAAAAUAUUAAAGAAGAUGAUAAUGAUAAGGACUUAGAUGAAAUUAUUACCAGAUCCAGCAAAGAUGAGCAGCCUUUGACUUUGAUUGAAGUGGAUACUAACAUAAGAAAUGUUAAAGUCUCGCAAUCUGAAAUGCCAAUCAAAGAAGCUAAGAUGAUUGAAAAUAAGCUUAUGACUGAAAUUGAAAGACAGGAUGAAGCAGUGUGUCAUGAAAGAAUAAGGAGAAAAGAUAGUAAGAAAUAUGAAAAAAAGGAAAGUGAAAGUAAAGAAGUUGAGAUAAAGUAUACACAUUGUAAUACCAAACAAGGUACAGAAAAAAUUGUAACAGCUACUAAUCAGUGUUUGCUAGAGGAGAAAAAAGUCAGUCUAAGCCAGGAGGAUGUCUAUAAAAAUGUAAAUCUUAAAGAAAAAACAGAAAAAAUAUAUGUAGACAAUGAGAAAGCUGAUAAAUACUCUAAUCCUGAAAUCUUGAAAUCACCUGAAUUGUUAGAGACAAAAGAAAUGAAAAGUGUAAAUGAAAAUACUGCUAUUAAAGAAAGCAAAAGAGAUUUCACCAUUAAAUAUGAAAUGAAUGGAAUUGUAGUGAAGGAAAAUCUGCUUACUGGAGACAAAAAUGUUGUUGAAAAUAGCUCUCCAUUUAGAAGUUCUGCUGAAUCAGAGAGUAACUGUGAAUCAGAACUAGAUGUGUCAUCAAUUGCUGACAAUGGUUUAGGUUUUGAUAGAACUCUACAUUUUCCAGUGGAUGGUGAUGUUAAAGUAUGCAUCAAUGAUUUUGAAAAUGUUGAGACUGAUGCUAUAUCAAACAAUGAAAAUGAAUUAGAAGUUUCUACAGUGAGAGAUAGCCUUAAACUUUCAGGUGGAGAGGAAUUUUUUGAAGAAGAGACAAAAGAAGAACCUGACCACAUUCAAAAAAGCAAGAUGACACUUGAUAAGCUCACAGAAGUAGUUGUGCACUUGAGGAGAGAUGAUGUGGUAGAUGAAAAUGCUCUUGAAAUAGAAGCAGUUAAUGAUGAUAAUUUACCUGGCGAAAAUAUUUCAGAUGUACAACUAUCUGUUAGUGAUAUUUUUGAUCAAAAUACCUCAACAGAAAAUGUUAAAGAUGAACAAUUGCAAGAUGAAAAAAUUAAAUUCGCAAAAAAGAUGCCUGAUGAUAACUCGAUUGGAUCCCCACCUGUUUUAGAGAAAGUGGAGGUAUCUGAAGAAAGCAUGGAUGACCAAGAUGAAGAGCUAUCUUGUCCAGCAACAGAAAUUUCAGUGGAAGGAGAACCUCCACUUUUAGAACCUCAGCAUUUAGAUAAAGAUGAACAUGGCAAAUCACAACAUUUGAAAGAAAACACAAAUGAAUUAUCUGAGCUGGAGAUGAACAAAUUCAAACAAGACAAGUUAGUAAGACAAGAGAGACAUUUUCUUGAUAUUCUAAGUAUAGUUAGUUCUGAAACAAAAGAAGCAAAUAUGUUUUCUGCAUUAGGCAACAAAUUAAAUAACUUUGAAGGAGAUGGUUUGUCACAAUCAGAAAAAGUUCGUAAUGUAGACCUUUAUAAAGAAGACUCACCUUUUAAUGAAGACAUUGGACGAAAUUUUUCAGAUGUGAUAAGUGAACCAAUAGAAACACCAAAGUCGCCAAAGUCAAAGUUACAAUUUCUCUUUGAUAAAAGUGAAAGUGUUGAUAUAACUCUAACUCAGAUUAAAGAUGUUUUAUCACCUUUUUCUAAAAAAGGUAAAAAGAAGUCAAUUUCAAAAGAAUCUCUUUUAAAAAUUAAGUCUGGGAUUGCAAACCUGUUAUUGAAAGCUGAAAAUCCAGCUAUAAAAUAUCCAGCAUGUUUAAACAGAGAUUCUCUUCUUAGCAUUACAAAAAAUAAUACUUGUGAGGAAACGUCAGGUUGUAAAGAAGAUGAAGCUGAAACAGAAAGCACAUGUGAUGAACGAAGCAUUGAAAAUGUUGAAAUUUUAAGUGAUGGUUCUGAAGCAGAAGUUACUAAAAAAGAACACAUAAAUGAAGGUUCUGUUACAGAUAGUAUACUUCAGAUGCUAGAUUCUCUGGAGGACAAAGGACGUGUUGCUGAGAACAUGUCAAAUUUGUUAAAGAUUUUAUCUGAAAAUCUAAGAUUUCUCGGGAAAGGUAAUAUAGAAGAUUUAAAUUCUGAUUCUGACUAUAGUUACAGUGAAGAAACCAAUCUAAUUUGUACCAGUUCAACAGAAAAUACACAAAGAGAAUUAAUUGCAGACUAUCUUGAAGAGGGAGAACAGCCCCCAUCUUUAGAUGAUAUUCCAACUGCAAGCAAUUUAGAAAAUGCACAUGUCAUUGAUUUCUCAAAAGGUAAUGAAGUCAAUUCACUUGAGACAAUUUCAGUUUAUAACAAGAUUGAUGACGAAUAUAAUUUAGGUAAAAGAGAUUCACUUAUUGAUAAAAAUGAACAAGAAAGUAAAAGAGGAGUUGAGAAGGAAGCAUUUUUUCACAUUGAAUCUAAUAAAUGUGCAAGAAAGAUAGAGAAUGAAGUAAUAGAUUCAGAAACACUGAUGAGGGACAGUAAAAUGGAAGGGAUUUUUAAGACUGGCUUCAAUUUUGAGAGUUCUGAAGACAGCCUUACAUUGACUUGUGACCAUACAAAAGAUGAUAAACGAAAAGCUACAACUAUUUUUAAAAGCAUUACGGAGUUAAAUUCAAUAGAAACAGAUGAGGAAUCAACAACAGAUGAGCCGUUUGAUCCAGUCUCAAUGUCGGCAAGAUUGUCAGAAUUAAAGUUACUUUCAAAAGACAAUAAUAGAUGGGAGUUUAAUUCUGAUUUUAAUUCAGAUGACGAAAAACUCGAUUACUAUGAUUCAGAUUAUGAAAAUGAUGCUGAAACACAAACUGGAGAUGCCAUAGAAGUUACAAGAGAAGAGGUAGAUUUGAUGAAAGGAAAUCACAUUGAACUUGAAGGAAUCAAAAGUGUUGAUUCUAAAAUAAAAGAACAUGUCACUGAUUUUUUUGGGAAUCAAGAUAGUGGUAGUGAUGAAAAUGAUGAAUAUAUAUCAGAUGGAGAAAUAUCAAACAAUGAAAAAUCUAAAUCUGAUUUGUUGACCCAGAUUAAUGUUAUUUCAAAACCUAAUAGUAAUCCCAAUUAUGAUAAAGAAACAGAGAAAGAUAAGCAAAAUUUGCUACAAACCAUUGCCAAUAAUGCUGAGUUUAUUAAGCAAAUUCCUCAAUCAUUUGCUAUAAAGUCACAAACAAACACUCAUUUUGAUGAUGUGCCUGAUUCUCAUAGAUUUGAAGAGUUUGAGAAAGGAACUACAAAAACUUUAGAAAAUAUAGAAGAGGAUCAAUCCAAAACUAAAAAUAUAGAAGACGAUAAAUCAAAAACUAAAAUGAUAUCUGAAAGCUCAGCAUAUUCUUCGUCUGAACACAUUCAAGAUAGAUACAGGGUUGAUAAUAUAUUCACAAGCCUUGAGAAAGAAAUCAAACAAACAGUAGUAUAUACAUGUUCUAACACUGACCAAAAGGAGCAUUUACUCACAUUAUCAGGUGAAUUGCACGACAAUGAAAACAGUGAUAGUCAUUCGUCAAAAGCAGUUAAAGAUCCUUUAUCUGAUCUUCAAAAAGACUUCAGUGAUGACGAAAUUUGGAAGAAUGAACAUUGCCAGACUGACAGUCAAACUAUGAAGUCUACAAUUGGAAGUUUGAACAAAGUUGUAAGUAUGACUAAUGUAGGUAAGGACAGCAUCUCUGUGGCAAUUGAAGCAAAGGAUAACUUAAAUAGUGAUAAGAAUGUAUCAGAGUGUAUUGAAGACGAUGGUGAUCUUAAGUUAAUAUUGGAAGUAGAUGUACUAAAUAAAAAUCAAGAUAAGCCAGUAUUAAGAAAAGAAGGGGAAGAAAGCAUGGGUUUGCAGGAUGAUAAAAUAGUUGAUGGAAUUGAACACAACCAGAAACUUACAACUCAAACUGUUUCAGUUUUAUCUAGAAUAAAUGAAGACACCUCUGAAACAGUGACAUAUGAAGAAAAUGUAGAUGUUGAAGAGGAUUUAUGGGGGAAAAAUAAUGAUGAAAUAAACAAGGAUAAAGAAAAAUUAGAUGGUGUGAGAGUGAAUGAAGAACAUAAAGCCUUUCAUACCUUAGCUCAGGUUGAUAAGAAUGAAAUUGAUGCAAGUUUUAUUACAAGUGACAAAAUGUCAUCUUUGAUAAAGGGAAAUAGAUCUCAAGGUUUUAUACAGGAAGAUGGUUUUGAAAAUACUGAUAUAUUUAUUGAUAAGCAAGAUGCUACAACAUUAGAAGUGAUGUCAAAUGAAGAUAAAAAUACAGUCAAAAAGGGAUCAACAUCAUUAAAUAUUGAUGAUGACUUAUCAGACAAUUUCUGUGAAUCCAUUGCUGAGAAAGUAAAAAGAAAGCAAAGGGAGAGAAGCAAAUCUGUUUGUUACAACUUCAAUCCAUGGUUGUAUUAUAGUGCUGCAUAUGUAAGGGAAGUAACCAAACCAGCAAAAAAAGAAUUUAGUGUCUUUAGAAGUUCAAUUUUAGAGAAAAGAGCCAGAGAAAAAAGUUUUUCCCCAGACAAAGAAUUGUCAUGUUCAACAAGGAAGAAAAGAAAUAGUUCAGUCCCUAAGGAAGACAAAUAUGAAACUGAACAUGAAAAUGAUCACACCAAAGGUAAAAGAAUGUUUCAUGAUCAACAUUCAGCUUUUCAGAUAAAGCCCUGUUCUGUACUUAUUAACAAAUUAGGAGAAGAUGCAAUUCUUAGAUAUACAAGAAGGAAAAGAAAACUUGAGGAAAGUACAACAGAAAGCAGGCCACCAAUAAAAGUAACAAUUAAAUUGAGUCAAAUUGUGUAUCCCCCUCCAAAUUCUCCAUAUGGGUCAACUUCAACCUCCUCUGAUAAUUACAGGUCUGGUUACGAAAGUUGCAGUGAAGAAUCUGAAACUGACACUUUGUACGAAACUAAACAUGACAAAGAAUUUGCACCUAACCCAAUGAUAGUUGAAAAUGUACGAGAUGUUAAUGGUAGUAAUGAAAAAGAUAAAUCUGAAGUAAACAAUAGAGAACCAUUGAAGAUCAAAAUAAGAACAUUACGGCCUAAAGUGAGUAGUAAUGAGGAAAAUCAGAUUUCAGUUGGUUCCUUUCAAAAGAAUGAACAAAUUGAUGAUUUUGUGGGAAGUUUUAAUGAAUUAUCAAGUGAAGGCAACACAGGGACAAGCUCUUUAGAGUUACUUGAAUCUGAGGUUCUUCUUGAUAUUAAAAGAGAGUGUGAAAAGGUGAAAUCCAGGGAAGACAAUGUCAUGUUUUAUUUAAGUGAAGCCGAUAGUGACAAGGAACAGAAAAAAUCAGCGCAGCAAAUAUCUGAAAUGAAGGACAAAGAUGUACAAGGAACCUUUGGACUUAGAGUGUUCUCAAAAAGCUCAGUACAGGCUGAGUGUGGAGAGUCAGAUAUAGACUUGAGUGAAUCUGACACUGAUUUCACUGAUUCUGAACUUCAAGAAAAGAUUGACAAAAUUCUGAAUUCAAAAAGUAGGGAUGAUUGUUCAGAAGUAACUAUUAAAGAUGAUGAAAAUAAUAAAAAAUCUUUGCUUAAAGGUAAAAAUCCACUUAUUAAAAUGAUAGUAAGUGAUUUGCAUCUCAGUGAAAGUGAAUCUGGGUCUGAAUAUGAAAAUAAUGUCAAAACUGAUGUGGAUAUUAAACAUACAGAAAAAAAUAUUUUGCAAGAAAAUGCUCAACUGGAAGAGUUAAAUCUUCAAGAAAGUAAGGAUUUAGAAUUAGAGGACAAAUUAUCACAAGAUAAAGUGUUGCCUCUGCUGAAUGUUACAGAGAAUAUUACAAAUACUGAAGAUGAAUACAUUGAUAAACAUAUAUCUGAAGAUACUGUACAUGUCACGGAAAAAUGUUUUGAAACCAUGAUUACUAAAGACAUUGAACCCAAUCCGUCCAAUUUAAUAGAAAGAAGCACUUUUCAUGAAGUAACAGAUAUAGGUGUUCUGCAGCCAGAGCAAGCAAUUGCAUCAAGUAAAAGAACUAAGCCUUCUAAGCAAGAUGAUCUGAAAAGUCCCGCCCUAAACAUUGCCAGCCUUCUUCCGGAUGAAGGCCAUGUUGUUGAACACAAAACUCCUGUAGUAACAAACACAAAAAUUGUUUUGGAACCUCUAGAUUUAUCAGUGAAUUCAAAGAACAGUGUACAUAUAUCAGCAGGGUUAUCUUAUGAAGAAGAAAUGGGAAAAAGAAGUAAUAUUACAGAAUCUGUAAUAGAUCUGUAUCCAGACAAUCCCAACCUAAAGAAUGGACCAUUGAUGCCAAGGAAAACUUUAAAUGAAACAGUAGUAGAUAAAGACAAAGAAAGAACUAAAUUAAGUGUUGCAGCAGCUGACUUAAAGGUUUAUGACCACCAUUCCAAUGAUAAAAUACUUAAUUCUCAGGAAAUACUAAACAAAGACAAAUGUAAUCAACAAAACAGUGAUGAAAUUCAAGAACAGAUUAUUGGGGUUGAAUUAGAUUCAGAUUUAAAUGAUGCAAGUUAUUAUGAAAAAACAGAUUUAGAAAUCGGUCAAAAGACUGAUGUUAAAAAUUGUCCAGAAGGCAAUGAUAAUGCGAAUGGUAUAGAUAUUCCUGAAAAAGUUUUAGAAAGUUCUCAAACUUUUGAGGA